UAAUUCUUUUCGACAUACAACAAUUCUUUCUCGAACUUUUAGCUGCUGGAAUACCGGAUUCAUCUUGACCUCAGAUGCACAGAUCAUGCAUCCAUGCAUUGACGUCACAGUACAUCAUUGCAGCACUGAUUUCACUGUGAAGUGUGGAACAUGGGUCAAUGCGCGAUAAAAGGAUGAAUGUGAUUUCAGCGGGAAGUGCGCUAAUUGGUCACAUGUUUUCAGCGGGAAGUGCGGUAAGUGGUUAAUUGUUUCCAGCGGGAGAUGAGUGGAUUGGUUAAUUGAAAAACAACCAGUUAUUCCGAAUUCAACUAUUACGAAAACCCUAUAAAAAUAGAUCCUCGGUACCUUGUCAAGCCAUUGUGUGGUUGUCCGCCACCACCCCUGCUCAGGAUGGAACCCAUUCGGAAGAAACCUCGUCAGUCUUUUGAUGUAGUGAGAUCAUCUGAUCUGUUGCAAUUCUUUAGUUAUUGUCCUGAUCAAGAGUUUGCAGAUGUACUAAAGUUUUUCUCUCAUGUUCUACCGUCGCUGGAGCUGCUUCUUGAAGAGAAUAUUGAGCAAUGGGGUCAGUACAAGUGUUCUUUGAUAGUUCAGGUGGUGAUGCAGAAGCUGAAUCCUGCUACAGGACAAAUGGUUUCCAACACAUUCUUCUUCCGAUCGAGUACAACGCUGGUGCUCAACACCAUGGAGCUGAGGGACCUUCUCAGUAGGAUGAUUGCUCAGAUCAACGCUCGUCUUGAUGAUUUCGUUCGUCAUGGAUCAGGUUGGGUAGUUGAACGGAUUUCCUGUUUACACAUCGAAAUGUCACGCUACUGUGUACUUGGAGGAAGUUCGUACAUCCCCUUGCCACCGGAGUUGAAGUCGAAGAAGGCCAUUGUUAACGUGCAGAACACUGACAACAAGUGUUUACUGUAAGUAUAGCAGUGGGGUUUCAGUGUGGUGAUACGGUGUAUGGAUUGAACUGUAUGACGCCUGUCCAUGUCUUAUGUCAUCCGUACUUUAGAUGGUCAAUACUGGCUGCUAAAUUUUCGGCAGACAAGUCUCAUCCAUGUCGUCAAUCGUCGUACGCAGAACAUGCGGAUACUGUGGAUGUGAGCGGCAUCGAGUUUCCAGCAAAACUGGAAGACAUACCAGUCAUCGAAAGACUGAACGACGGUCUUUACAUCAACGUCUUCGGAUAUGAAGAGAAAGUCAUAUAUCCGUUAAGAAUUUCUCAGCAUCCGCAGUCCGCCAUCAAUGUAUUGCUCAUCCAAGACGAACGCAAUGACGUGGAGGUGCAGCACUGGGUGUGGAUAAAAUCAUUCAGUCGUCUUGUUGCUACUGGAGCACGUCGAGCACAUUUCGUCUGCUUCAGAUGUCUCUCAACACACGUCACGGAGAAGGCAUUGAAUAAUCAUAUGAUGUACUGCAGUGAACAUCCUGAAGCCACGGUGAAGAUGCCAAAGGCUGGCGAUAGAGUGAUGUUCAGGAAUGUGAACAAGCAGCUUCAAGCCCCAUUUGUGAUCUAUGCCGAUUGUGAGGCCUUCAUAGAACCUCUGUCCGCUGACAAGAAAAUCGGUCAUUCGACAUUCCAAAAGAACAAGCAUGUAGCCUGUUCCUGUUCGUACAUUGUAGUACGAUCUGAUGGCGUCGUCACGAACCGUUUCUUCUACCGUGGAGAAGAUUCUAUGUUCUGUUUUCUGCUGUCACUUGAGCAAGAGGAGGAGACUAUCCGUGAUGAGCUUCUAGCAUGUAAUGCUGGUCAAAUGAUCAUUUCAGAAAGUCAGCAACGUGAAUUUGAAACGGUAGUCUCCUGUUGGAUCUGUGGUGAAGCGUUGGGUAGCGAUCGUGUACGUGACCACUGUCACAUCACCGGUGCUUACCGUGGUGCAGCACACAACCAUUGUAACCUGAACAUGCGGAUUGAGCCGUUCAAGAUCAAGAUUCCUGUGAUCUUUCAUAACUUGAAGGGAUACGAUUCUCAUCACAUCAUAUCUGCCAUUGGGAGAACGUCCAUUGAUGAGAUUACGUAUGUGAACGAGAAAGGACAAGAACGGACCAAGCGUCUCGGUGCUAUCAAAGUGAUUCCCAUCAACAGUGAAAAAUAUGUCACAUUCGGAUGGAGACAGUUCCAGUUCAUCGACAGCCUGGCAUUCUUGAACACCUCCCUAGACCGGUUGGUUUCGGCCACACCACCAGAUGCAUUCACCCUUCUAUCCGCACGAUUUCCAGACGAGGAUGAACGCAAACUGUUGACACGAAAGGGUGUCUACCCGUAUGAAUAUAUGGGGUCGUACGACCAAUUCGAAGAAACGCGUCUACCACCCAAGGAUGCAUUCCACUCAACGCUAACGAACACGGGUAUCAGUGAUGAAGACUAUGCCUAUGCACAAACAGUAUGGACUGCGUUUGACUGUGAAGAUCUAGGAGACUAUCACGACCUCUACCUGGAGACUGAUGUGCUGCUGUUGGCUGACGUUUUCGAAAACUUCAGAAGAACUGCUCACGCAACCUAUGGAUUGGAUCCCGCUAAUUACCUCACCUUACCGGGAUUUGCCUGGGAUUCGCUGCUGAAAAUGACGAAGGUGUCCCUUCAUCUCAUUUCCGACAUUGACAUGUUCAACUUCAUUGAGCAUGGCAAAAGAGGUGGCAUAAGCAUGGUGUCCGCUAGACACGCCACCGCCAACAACAGAUAUCUAUCGGAAUACAAUCCAGACGAGCCGUCAAGCUUCAUCCAAUAUUUAGAUGCGAACAAUCUAUAUGGAUGGGCCAUGUCUCAACCCUUGCCCGUGUCGGACUUCUGCUUUGAAGCAGUGACGGAUGAUCUUCUGGAGACGGUACUCGAUCAUCCAAUGGACUCUUCGACGGGAUACAUGGUGGAGUGCGAUUUAAGGAUUCCAGAUGGUGUGCAUGACAUGAUGAAUGACUAUCCGUUGGCUCCUGAGCAGAUGAAGGUGACACGAGAUAUGCUUUCUCCAUAUCAGACCCACAUGGCAGAGAAACUAAUGUUGAUGAACAAUGCUGUAUAUGGCAAGACCAUGGAAAACGUUCGAAACAGAGUAAACAUCAAGCUCAUUCGUGAACAGGAUGAAAAACCACGUCUCCAGAAAAGCAUCAACAAACCUUCGUACAUCCGCAGUGUAGCCUUUGAGAACGAUCUGAUAGCAAUCGAGUUUGCCAGGACAAAGGUGACUCUCAAUAAACCCAUUUAUGUGGGUACAGCCAUCCUCGAUCUGUCGAAGCACUUGAUGUAUUCCUUUUACUAUGAAGUUCUCCUACCCCGCUAUGGACAAAAUGUACGUUUGCUCUACACUGAUACUGAUAGUCUGAUCGUACAUAUUCAAACGGAUGAUCUGUACACCGAUAUGUCAAACAACAUAACAGCCUAUGACACAUCCAACUAUUCACCAUCCCACCACCUGUACAGCACGGUCAACAAGAAGGUGGUAGGGAAGUUCAAGGACGAACUAGGUGGCAAACCCAUCAAGGAGUUCAUUGGUUUGCGGAGCAAGAUGUACGCAUACCGCUGUGAAGACAACGACGACAAUGGCAAGCGUGCCAAAGGUGUGCAGAGAAGCGUGUUGAAAAACACCAUAACCGUCGAUGAUUAUCGAACAUGUCUCGUCGAGGAGUCUCAGCUGAAGAGAACAAUGAAUGUUCUUCGAAGUCGACGACAUUGCAUUCACGGAGAGGAGCUACGCAAGAUUGCCCUCAGUGGAUUCGACAGUAAGCGUUACAUUCUGGAGGAUGGUAUCAACACCCUGGCAUUCGGACACAAGGAUAUUCCAAAGCACUGAGGGAUUUCCACACAUACUAGAGCAUAUGUCAUAUCUUCUCAUGAAAUACAUUGUAAAUACUAUGCGAUUCAUAAUAUUCACGUUAAUCCAAAGCAUGAGCUACAUUGUACAUAUGAAAUGCUAAUACUUUUUGAGAUCAUUCACAUCCUUCUUUGUUAACCAGGUAUGGAAUUUUUCGUCUUGAUAA